AUGGACAAUGGAAAACCAGUCGACGCGGCCUCUGCUGACGUGCGGUUUUCCAUCCAGCUAACUCGUUACUUCGCCGGCUACGCCGACAAAAUCCACGGCAAGGUUAUUCCUGCUGAUGGUAACGUGGUCUGCUGGACACGUCAUGAGCCCGUUGGUGUCGUCGGAGCCAUCAUUCCCUGGAAUUUCCCUAUCCAAUUAGCUCUCCUCAAGAUCGCCCCCGCAAUAGCCUGUGGUUGUUCCAUUGUGCUGAAACCCGCUGAGCAAACCCCCCUCACUGCCGUCUACCUUGGUUCGCUUGUAAAGCGCGCCGGUAAGUGCCCCCUGUCAUGUCAAACCACCCCCUCCCCAUUGCCUUUUAUCUAUCUGCAUCUAUUUGUCGAGACCGCCAAUGAGUGCCACGCAAGUGUGCUUUCUCCCUAUCUGAUUGGUCUUUCGGCUGCUAUCAUCCAAACCAACCAUGAAAAAAUGACUGUCACCAUCUGCAUGCCUAUCAUAGGCUUAAUCUGCCAAAAAUCAGCAGCCCUCUCUAGCUUUUCUAUGGGCUGGUCGUUCGUAGACGCCAGGAGUUGUGAUGCAUAUUAUGCGUUACGAUGGGUGUUAGAUAAUCUAAGAAAGCGGAAGACCUACGCUUUUUAUGUUCGGCUGUCAACUUCUUCCCUUAGGCGUGCGUUCAUGCUCUCCAAAGCCAAGACCCGGCUCGUAUGUGUGAGCAGCAACUGA